GCGUCUGCAACACGGUCGAAGCAGACAGACUCUUCCAGCUGGUGCAGGAUGCGGGCCUGGAGUCCGUCACCCACGCCUGUCUCAUCCAGGAGCCCCUGGAGGACGUCGCCCUGGCCGCCCCAGCGCUGCGAAAUGUGGAGAUCCGGGCACCGGGGUGGGAAGCAGACUUGCAGGCGCGCGGGGGGCCCAGUGGGCUGCGGCCCACUGUGGCCAUCGACAGCGACUUCCACGUUCGGACGUGCGCCCUCGUCGGCACCUACGAGACCGUCAGCGUACACAUCGAAUGGGGGCUGGCCGUGUGGAAGGACACCCCAGGUAAUCUGGCCAGAAGAGCUGUUGACCGGGAGCUCAAGCAGGCGACGCUGCUAGUUCUGGCGCACGCACGGUCCUCGAUGGCCCCACCAGCCGCGACGCCUUUUUCCCCGCCUCACGUGGCGCCUUUUCGGCAGCUGCCGACGGAGACCGUGGCGACCGCGACCGAUGUGCCCGAGUUUCCCCUCUGGGACGUAUCUGUACAGCGCACCUUCUUGAGCGACCUAGAUGUCCUGGGUCACCGCUUUGGGGUGCAG